ACGAGACGCUUGGUAUUUACGACACAGUUUUUGACGUGGACCGUCACCACAGCAAUGGCGGAUGCUGUAGGGGAAGUGCUUCAAGGCAGCUGGAAUCAUGAUCUGGCUGAUGCUCUUGACUUGGCAGAAUGUGAUCUGGACACUGACCAGGAUGGUGUUAUCCAGGUCCGAAACCUACCCCCACAACAGCGGGCCAAGUUAUGGAUGAUUGCUUUGAACGUGUCUGGUAAAGGAGAUAGUCUGUCCUCAUGGGAUGGGGCUUUGGACCUAGCAGAACAGAUGCUCAUUCACAACCGCAGUCAGCAGAUCAUUGAUGAGUUAGGGAUACCAGUGGAGGAAGGGCGGGACCUUGUAUCAGAUGUGGAGUCAGUGAUCACCUUUUACUGCAAGUCCAGAAAUGUCACCUUCACUCCAGAUCUUAGUUGGCCACACAUCCUCAAACCACUCCUGGGCUUACAGCUAUCCUGCAAAGACCUCUACAACUGCUUCUACGCCAUCAUGAAUAAAUACAUCCCACGAGACUGUGUUGUGAAGGGAAGACCAUUUCACCUCUUCAGACUCCUGCUGCAAUACCAUGAGCCUGAACUCUGCUCAUUCCUGGACACAAAAAAGAUCACUCCUGAUUCCUACGCCAUCAACUGGAUGGGCAGUCUCUUCUCUAGCAACUGUCUCCCUGAGGUGUCACAGGCCUUGUGGGAUAUUUAUCUCCAACAAGCCGACCCUUUUCUCGUUUUCUUCCUCAUGCUCAUCAUCCUUGUCAAUGCCAAAGACAGCAUCCUUACCCAAGAAGGAGACAGCAAAGAGGACAUCAUCAAAAUGCUGGAGCAGUCACCAGCAUUACUAGAGGCAGAGGACAUUGAAGACUUGUUCUCUUUAGCACAGUAUUACAACAGCAAGACGCCUCUAUCUCUCAGAAAGGAGAACCAUAAUCUGUUUGGCAGCAGUCUGGUGGCUCUGAAGGAAGAAGACAUGGACUUAAGUCAGGCUCUCUGUUUGCCUGUAUCGGUCCCUGAAAUCCUGCAAGCCAACCAGCUACAACCUGAGGGCGUGAGGUUUUUUGUAGUUGACUGCCGUCCUGCUGAGCAGUACAAUGCUGGUCACCUCUCCACUGCCUUUCACCUGGACUCUGACCUGAUGCUUCAUAAUCCUUCCGAGUUUGCCCUGUCAGUGAAGUCUCUUCUGGAGGCACAGAAGCAGUCUCUGGAGUCAGGCUCUGUGGCAAGCGGAGAGCAUCUGUGCUUCAUGGGUAGUGGACGUGAAGAAGAGGACAUGUAUAUGAACAUGGUGCUUGCCCACUUUCUACAGAAAAAUAAAGAGUUUGUGAGCAUAGCAAAAGGUGGAUUUAUGGCAUUGCAGCAGCACCUAGCAGAUAUUAAUGUUGAAGGGCCGGAUAAUGUUUAUGUUCACUGGAUUGUGAGCACCUCAGGAUCCCACAGCAGCCUCAGCUCAGCUGACGGGGAACUGAACAGCACAGAUGGCAAAGGAGUUAAAUCACUUGUCAACAAAAUGACCUUUGCACUCAAGUCAAAGUCAGUUAAUGUAAAAGAGAAGGUGAUCAGCUUCAUCGAAAACACUUCCACACCGGUGGACAGAAUAUCUUUCAAUCUACCCUGGCCAGACAAGGGAAUACUGGAUCGGCACGUAAGCAGCAGUGAUCGGGUGGGGAAGCCAUACAGGGGAGUGAAGCCUGUCUUCAGCAUUGGGGAUGAGGAAGAGUGUGAUACAGAUGAGAUUGACAGCUCAUCUAUAUCAGAUGAUGACAGGAAAGAGAUUGUCAAUAUUCAGACUUGGAUCAACAAACCAGAUGUGAAGCACCAUAUUCCAUGUAAUGAAGUUAAGGAGACUGGACACAUGUUCCCAAGCCAUCUGCUGAUCACUGCAACACACAUGUACUGUUUGAGAGAGAUCGCUGCCCGAAAAGGUUUUGCUUACAUCCAAUCCAGGCAGCCCCUAAACUCUGUGGUGAAGAUCACCUCCAAGAAGAAGCAUCCAGAACUUAUCACUUUUAAGUUUGGCAACAACAAUGCUGCAGGAGUGGAGAUAUUGGCUGUGGAGAGGUAUUUAAUUCCAAACGCGGGUGACGCCACUAAAGUCAUCAAACAGCAAAUCAUGAAAGUUUUGGAUGCUAUGGAGAGCUCUUAAUGACGGAGACAUCAGAGAUGUUGCUCUCUGGUCAUCCAGGAGACAACCACAGCUCCAACCAAAACCGCCUGAAGGGGAAGGAGGGAGUAGAGCAUUCCCACACUGUUUCUUUGUCAUCAUCCCCCCCCACCUCCUCCCUGGGUAACACUGACGUGGAGUUCUGUCAUGACUUUAAAGGCACAUUGCCAUCAUGAUUGACAGGAGUUCUAAAACUUUGGGCUUGGAGAUGUCAAUAUGAGAAAUUAUUAUUUUGUUCAUUUUGCUUUGUGAUUUUGAUUUCUGUUUCAAGAAACUGACCUAAUUAAGCAAGUUAGAUUUUUUUCUCUCCUUUAUUUGUCUCGAGCCUUAACGAGCGGUAGCUUUUUAUAUGAGUCUCAAACAGGUCCUCUGGAUGAGAAUACGGUUUUGGAACCUCAAUCAAGGAACUUCAUUGCUCUUUAUCUGCUUCGGUGUUUGAGGUCACUCAUUAUUUAGCCAUCAUAUAUUGCUGCAAACUCAUGUAACGAAGAAGAGUUUGAUGUAUUUAUCAGAGCAGUGUUUUUACAGCAAGCAGAUUCACCUGGAGCCUCAGUACAGGCAUUGAGGUGAAUAAAUAUACUUAAUUUUCAUAUUUGGAAAGUGUGCUACCCUACGGGUUGCUGCUUGCACAAGUGGCUGCAUCAGUGUGACACAUGAAUACUUCCAUACAACUCUGCUGCUCUCUCUGUUGAUUGACUAAAACGCCCUGAAAUUAUUAGAACCUUUUGUCAGUUUCUGGUUCCAUAAAGUUGUUUUGUGAUCGCAGCUUUCAAGUUUAAAGGGAACAGGUUGGUGAGACAGUUAAAAGAGUCUUCUAGUAAUGGCUAAGUUUACCAGAGAAUGUAUUGAGAACCUGAAGUUUAGGAUGCCUACCACCCUACUGUUGAGAAUCGAAAUACAAGUAUUAUGUAUUAAUGCGGAAGCACUAAAGAAAAAAUGGCUUGUGAAUCCAGUAGCCAUCAAAAAUAAAAGUAUACACAAACCUUAAGUCAAGUAAAUGUAAAGAAGACUAAAGGUAAAUAUUAAGACUAAGGGAUGGUGACGCAUAACAUUUUGGAACUAGUCUUGUCAGUUUGUCUCACUGUGCAAGUUCUAAAAAUUCAAUUUGAAAGUCUUAAAUGAGUAUAAGAUUCUUAUGUCCAGUACAUUAAAAGCUGUUCAGAGGACCGUGUCCCCAGUGCUCAACUUUUUAACCAUUGUUUAUUGUUAUCUGUUAAACCACAGAAAGCCAUUGAUAAAAUCUCAUAUUUAAAACAAUUAUAAUAAGGUGCACCA